AUGUUUAUAUCACAAUAUCUGCCUCGCGCAGCCCUUUUAUCAGCCUUGGCUGUGCAUUUGGUACAAGCAGAUACGAAUGAUCAAGUUACUGCCGAAAUUAAUCCUGGGACUUUCCAAAAUCCGUCCGCACUUCUCCGUCCUCGGUUUCGAUACUGGGUCCCCGACUCUAGUGUCGAAGAGACGACAGUGAGACGUGAUAUCAUGUCGGGAGCAGCUAUUGGCGUAGGAGGCGUGGAAUUUCUGCCAUUCUAUAACUCUGGUGGUGUCCUUGGGGGUGCUCCUCCGGGGGAUGAUUGGUCUAAAUAUGGCUUUGGUACACCAGCAUUCAACAGAAUCUUUCAAACCGCAUUGGAAGCUCAUCGAGAUGCUGGUUUGGUGAUGGACUUUGCUAUUGGCCCUAACCAAGGACAAGGCGUACCGGCCAAUCCCGAAGAUGAAGGGCUACAGUGGGAUCUGGUCCCUGCGUCAGAGGCAGUUGCUGCGGACGGCUCUUUUCGAGGAAACAUCCCUGGUUGGGGAAGUGGAGACUUCCUCGCGUUGGUAUCGGCGGAGAUGGUCUCCUCAGAAAACAUACAGAAUGCUUCUCUUCCUUCAGGCACCCGAGUUGCUUCCUAUUCCAGACUUAUUCUGAAAGAUGAUACGCUUGCAGACCGGACAUCCGAGGUGUCAGCAGGCGGUCACGUAUCUCUUGCCUUUCCACCAAGUCUACACAGCUCCCGGUAUCGGUUAUUUGCAUUCUACCAACACCUGACCCACUCAAAGAAUCUGGAGGUAUCGAAAAACGGGUCAAAAACAGUUUUCGAUAAUGGAUCCUACAACGUUGACCACUUCAGCGCCCGGGGUGCAGAGACCGUGAUCAGGUUUUGGGAAGAACAUAUCUUGAAUGAAAACGUCAAAUCUCUUCUCACACAGGUCGGAAAUUAUGCUUGGGAAGACAGUGUGGAAAUUAAAUCCAACAUCUCAUGGACACCAUCGCUUCCCAGUGUGUUUAAAGAGAAGUUCGGAUAUAGCCUGAUCAAGUACUUACCUCUGAUCAUCUUUGGGAACAACAACGUUGCAAUGCAAGCAUCUGAGCCUGGGGCCAUUGAGUGUCUUCUUGACACCCCUGACCAAGGUGUUGGCUUUGUCAAUGAUUACCGAGCCGCGUUGGUGGAAGGAUACAGGCAGUACCUGAAGACCCUAACAGCAUGGGUGCAGUCAUCUCUAAACCUACAGAUGUCUGCGCAGGUGUCCUAUAAUCUUCCCAUGGACAUGGAGGCCAGUAUUCCGUUUGUGAAUGCGCCCGAGUGUGAAAGCCUUGGUUUCAUGGACAACAUCGAUGCCUACAGACAGUUUUCUGGGCCUGCCGUACUGGCUGGCAAAAGAGUCAUUUCCAACGAGAUAGGUGCAGUAUCUAUGGAGGCAUUCCAGUAUUUGAUCUCCCGUCUGCUGUGGUCUAUCAACCGCGCUGUUGUCGGGGGAGUCAAUCAAUUUGUGAUCCACGGUCAACCUUACAGUGGCAAUUACUGGUCAACAACAUGGCCAGCUUACACCGCUUUCUCAUAUUUCUAUUCCGAAAUGUGGUCAGAUAAACAGCCUGCAUGGACCCACGGUCUCUCGGAUGCUCUGGGGUAUAUUGGCAGACUCCAAUACAGCCAACAGACAGGCAAAUUAAAAACGGACGUUGCUGUUUAUAAUAAGCAGUCUGCGACAGACUUCACAUUUGCAUCUAGCCUGGCGAAUCUUACGGACAUUAUUCACGAUGGGUACAGCUACAGCUAUAUCUCUCCUGAUAAUUUCGACAUUCCUCAAGCAUAUGUUCGAAAAGGGAUCCUUGCUCCGGACGGCCCUGCCUACAAGGCUCUUGUCAUCCCCAGUACUACACGCGUUACACUUGCCACAAUCAACAAGGUUCGAAGAUUUGCAGAGGCUGGACUACCGGUCAUUUUGAGCGGUGGAGAUCCAUCCUACUAUAUGACUGGCGAGGCAAGCGACAAGACAAACUUUACAAGGGCGAUUUACUCGUUGAAAGGAACAGAAAACGUCUACAGUGUCGCCAAUGGAGAAAUUGCUGAUAAGCUCUCCUCACUGAGUCUGGAUCCUCGACUCAGAGUACAAUCCAGUGGUACAUGGUACACAACCUGGCGUGAGUCUAUGCAUGAGAAUAUGCACUUUGCAUUCAUCUUUAAUGAUGGGGAGGCUAGCAUAGGACACAUCGAAGUAUCCAGCGGGAGAACGCCGUAUUUUUUUAACAUGUGGACUGGGGACGUCAAUCCGGUCAUCAAUUACCACGAGGCCAACGGCAAAAUGGUUAUUCCUCUCCACCUGGAAUCAAAUCAGACAGCCCUUAUCGGAUUCAAGGAGGAAAUCCGAAAGUCGUUCAACCCAAUUUCUCACGCCAUUCAGGUGCCUUCUGCAGUUCUCGGGUACAAUUACAGUGCAACUUCUCCACGAUUGAUCGACCUCCACAUCGCUGCUGGAGGACUCGAAAUGCCUCUUGUUCUGUCUACAGGCAGGAAUUACAGUGAUUUUCGGGGCCCAACAGCCGCGUCCAGCUUUCCAAUUUCCAACUGGUCUUUGACUGCAGAGCACUGGGCAGCCCCGUCUAAUAUCUCUGAUGCUUCACUGGUUGCGUCAAAGUACAACACGACGCAUCAUUUGUCAUCGCUCACAUCUUGGACAAAAAUCCCUGGCUUAGUCAACGCCUCAGGAGUCGGUUACUAUAGCGCUAGCUUCAGUUGGCCACCAUGUACGGGCUCGGCUGAUGGGGCAUACAUCAUCCUUCCAAGGAUCCCACACGCGCUUCGCCUCCGCAUCAACGGGAAGGAACUACCGCCACUUGACUACAACGCACCCAGGAUUAACAUCAGUCCAUAUAUAAAGCAAGGCCAGAAUGAGAUUUUGGCCAUUGUGCCAACCACUAUGUGGAACUAUCUCAGAAGCAUCUUUGAUCAGAUUAAGAUGUCAGCGUUGCCCCCCUUGAUCACCAUCGCGGGCCCUGACCCUUUACCUGGGUUGGUCCAGAAUGGACUGGUGGGCACUGUAAAAAUCGUGCCGUAUGUUAAAAUGGCGGUUGCAGCAUCGGGCAGAGUGGAUGACUAG